GAUGAAAUUUUAACCUAUAAUUUUAUUUUAGUAAAUAAUGUAAAUAUUAAAUGUUUAUAUUUUUCUAAUAAAUCUUUUCCUUACAACAUAAAGAAGUAUUUUUAAAGAUGAAUACCGACGAAAUGACCUCCAAACUUUUGCAAGGAUUAGGCAAGUCAACAAGAAGGGGUAUCAAAAGAUGUUCAAAAUGUGGUAUUUAUAAUGGUACAAGAGGCAUUUUUUGUAAAAAUAAGAACUGUGGGGUAUCUUUGAGAUCUUCCGAAAAUCCAACUUACGAAUUUGAUGCUGUUAAAUUAAUUACUGGCACAAGUAGACAGGUUUAUUCUGUACGAGUAAAGGACAUGGCUUCAGAAUGUCGGGGUUUUGUACAGUUGCCAUUAUUACAAUCAUCUAUGGAGGAUAACAAUAACAUUUUAUCUGAUGCUGCUUUGUGUUUUGUUGACUCUUGCCAAAGCUCAUUCGAUAAUUCAAUUUUAAAGUGCCAUGAAGAAAUUCAAAAUAAUGCAGAUGUAGAAAUAUGCGAUCAUAUAAGCUUAGCUUUAAAGAGUCAAGUAGUUGCAAAACCAAUUUUCUUUGAUGAUUACAUGUUAAAUGAUCUAAAUAUACCUAAUGAGGUAAAGCAGUCACUAUACCUCUUGGCAUCUGAUAAUGCGUGCCCUCUUGUACAGCAAGUAUCGAAGAAUAUUAUGGCUGUCAGAUGUCAGGUAACUCCAAAACAACCAUUAGGGUAUCUCCAUUUUAAUAUUAAUAAAGGAAGAAGUAAAGCAUAUGAUAAAUAUUAUUGUAAUUGUACAGAAUAUUUAUAUCCAGCUCAAAAAAUUCCAAAAAAUUGUACAAAACAAAAAUGUAUACAUUAUUAUGCCUGUGUAGCGGCCCUUUCAAGUAACCCAAGUUAUUGUGAAGAAUAUUCGUAUUUUCUCAAUGAUGAAGCAACUACUAAAAACCUAUAUUGUACUAAAAACAAAAUACAUAAUUCUCCAUACAAUAAAAUAAUUAAACAAAUUGAUUUACAUAAUGUAAAGAGUAGGAAAAUAAAUAUAAUAUCAAAUACUAUUAUAAAAAAGCCAGUCAUAACAAAAAAGGUAAAAAAGAAAUCAUGUAAAAAUGAAAAACUUAUAAUUCAGCGUUGUAAAAAAAUCGUUCCUAAAGUCUUCCCUAUAGAAAUAAAAGUGUUGGACGAACUUCCUACUACAGAAAACAAAGAACCCGAGGUCUCAUGGGGCUUCCUCGAUUGGCUAGCCUUUGUAACUGAAUCAAUAAACAGAACCAUGCAGUUUAUUAAUUGUGGUAUUGUUAAUAUGCAGAUAUUUUAUAUUCCAGAAGAUUUUUGGCUGGCUUUGAAGAAACGAAUUCCCACUUCUUACAUUGAAAAUAAAACCGACAUCGGUUCCAUAUUUUACAAUAUUAUGAACAUUAAUCACGUGAAGGAGAUAUUUGACACCCCCAAGGAAAAAAAGAAAUCAUGUAAAAAUCAAAAACUUAUAAUACAGCGUUGUAAAAAAAUCGUUCCUAAAGUCUUCCCUAUAGAAAUAAAAGUGUUGGACGAACUUCCUACUACAGAAAACAAAGAACCCGAGGUCUCAUGGGGCUUCCUCGAUUGGCUAGCAUUUGUAACUGAAUCAAUAAACAGAACCAUGCAGUUUAUUAACUGUGGUAUUGUUAAUAUGCAGAUAUUUUAUAUUCCAGAAGAUUUUUGGCUGACUUUGAAGAAACGAAUUCCCACUUCUUACAUUGAAAAUAAAACCGACAUCGGUUCCAUAUUUUACAAUAUUAUGAACAUUAAUCACGUGAAGGAGAUAUUUGACACCCCCAAGGUUAAAGUACGUAUCGCGAAAAAACUGGUUCCCGAUAAACAAAAUGGCUACGUGGAAUAUGACGAGAGUAAGGCUGAUGAGGAAGCGAACGUGGAGUAUUGUUUUUCAUUUUUGUUCUUUUUGAACGUUGGACCGUCUACAGUGGACGAAAGCGAUGAUCAAAACAAUGCGUUUGUUAUAGAGUGGUUGCCUAAUAUCUGCGCUAGUACCCAAGUAGGUCAGUUGAAGUUGCAAUAUAAAUAUGGGCGCAAAAGUAUUUAAGAGAAUAAAAUGUAAAUAAAGAUAAUAAUAUUGCCAAUGUU